UUCCCUCCCUUCAGUCUGGAUGUCUUGCAUCAGGAGAUGUGGCUUUGUACGUAGUGUUGAGCUUCUCCGUGCGAUCAUAACGAGCCUGAAAAAUGGAAUGAUGUGAUCAAAGAAAAAAAAAAGGUAAAUCUGUUUAAAAGAGGUCACAUUCAUCAACGCCCUGGACACAUCCAUCUCUCUUGUGACUGAGGGAUGUUCUGAUGUACUGGAGAGGAGACUGGUGUAAGAAGAGAGAUAACCUGGACGACGCCCUGAAGACGCUGAAGCUCUCCUCAGUGGACAGUGCAUCAGACAGCAUGGAGAGCUGCCUGGACUGCCUGCUCAAAGCUUUGGUCCAUAACAAUGUGGAAGCCAGUGGAAAAAUCCAGGAGAUAGGUAUUCUUUCACUGAUGCCUUCUUUAUUGGCCACACAGAACUCCUGCACACCCAAAGUCGCCAGCAUCAUAGCGGAGGUGGCCAAAAACGAAUUCAUGCGGAGUCCCUGUGUGGACGCAGGCCUCAUCCCCCCACUGGUUCAGCUGCUUAACUGCAAGGACCAGGAGGUGCUUCUUCAGACGGGUCGAGCCCUGGGUAACAUCUGCUAUGACAGCCAUGAGGGCAGAAGUGCAGUUCACGAAGCGGGCGCUGCUCAGAUAGUAGCAGAGCACAUUAAGGCUCUGGCCCAUAACACUGACCCGUCCACCGGGAAGCUCUUGACUGUCUUUUGUGGCAUGCUGAUGAACUAUAGCAAUGAUAAUGACACAUUGCAGGCCCAGCUGAUUAGCAUGGGAGUGAUCCCCACCUUGGUGAAGCUCCUGGGAGUCCAUGCACAUAACACAGCACUCACAGAAAUGUGCCUCAUUGCCUUUGGAAACCUGGCAGAACUGGAAUCAAGUAAGGAGCAGUUUGCUGCUACAAAUAUCGCUGAGGAGCUAGUGAGACUUUUCCGUAAGCAAGCGGAACAUGAAAAGAAGGAGAUGAUCUUCGAGGUGCUGGCUCCUCUGGCUGAGAACGAUGUAAUAAAGCUGCAGCUGGUCGAGGCUGGUCUGGUGGAGUGUCUGUUGGACGUUGUGACUCAGACCGUGGACAGUGACCGAGAGGAAGACCUGGCUCAACUCAAAACAGCGUCUGACCUCAUGGUGCUGCUGCUGCUGGGAGAUGAAUCCAUGCAAAAGUUGUUUGAAGGAGGUAAAGGUAGUGUGUUCCAGAAGGUUCUCUCUUGGGUUCCAUCCAAGAACCACCAGCUCCAGCUAGCUGGGGCUCUGGCUAUCGCUAAUUUCGCCCGCAAUGAUGGGAACUGCAUUCACAUGGUAGACACAGGAAUUGUGCAGAUGCUUUUGGACCUGCUGGACAGACAUGUUGAGGAGGGGAAUGUAACUGUGCAGCAUGCAGCCCUCAGUGCCCUGAGGAACCUGGCAAUUCCAGUGGUGAACAAGUCUAAGAUGCUUUCAGCUGGAGUGUCUGACGUGGUGUUGAAGUUUCUCCAAUCAGAAAUGCCACCAGUUCAGUUCAAGCUGCUGGGAACAUUAAGAAUGCUUAUCGACACACAAGAUACAGUGGAUGCUGCUGAACAGUUGGGAACAAACCGUAAGCUGGUGGAGAGGCUGGUAGAAUGGUGUGAAGCCAAAGACCAUGCAGGGGUGAUGGGAGAGUCCAACCGCUUGCUCUCUGCGCUGAUCCGUCACAGCAAGUCAAAGGAAGUAGUACGGACGGUUAUUCAGUGUGGGGGUGUGAAGCACUUGGUGACCAUGGCAACGAGCGAGCACAUGAUCAUGCAAAACGAAGCGCUGGUGGCUUUGGGUCUCAUUGCAUCAUUGGAUUUGGGUAAAACAGACAUGAAGCUCUCCAGAGAUUCGGCAGAGAAGGAUUUUGUUGGAGCCACGCUGGUACAGGUCCUACAUAAGCUGCUGACAGAAGAGAAGAGCGCUCCUGAGAUCAAAUACAACUCCAUGAUCCUCAUCUGCUCUGUCAUGGGUUCAGAACCUCUACAUAAAGAAGUACAGAGCCUGGCCUUCAUUGAUGUGGUGUCCAAACUGCGCUCCCACGAGAACAAAACGGUGGCCCAUCAGGCCUCGCUAACAGAACAGAGGCUAACGGCACAGAGCUAAAGACUCUUUCAACACACAGCACACAGUCCAACCACUCUCUGCCUGCCAGCCCUCCUUAUACACUAUCUCUUAUACUCCUACGAAUCCCACUGUUUCCCUCUGUCAUGUGCCAAGGUAUCCAGUCCCACUCUGGCCUAUCCUCCCUGCUAUAAAGUCCCCUCUACUCACCCAGCUCGUUUCACGCAUGUGUUCAACACUUCGUAGGACAUCGUAGACUGCCUUCUGCAAUAGGUUGUGCGAGUGAGCUAGGGAGCGUGCAACACUUAUAAAAAGACCAUAGCUGUGAUUAAACAAGAGCGUUCGCAUCUCAUUAAGGGAAGACAAAAAAAAAAAAAGACAAUAACUACAUGAGGGCUAGAGGAGAAACUAGCGCAGCCAUAUGUUCAUGCCGUGUAGACCACACGUGUUCUGUGUAGCUUGAAAUCUUGCUGAUUUUGACACCUGCAUGUUUUUUUUAAGUAGUUUAAUUUAAUAGUGUGUCUGCUCAGCUAGCCAGACCUCGCUCUUUAGCCAGAUACACUCCUCUCCUUUAAUAUAUACAAGUACUUGCCUUUGACAUGUUCGAGUAGAGAUCAAAUGUGUUUGUACUGUAUGUGGGAUAACAGGACCAGAGAGAAACCUCCUUACAUUUUAACCUCCCCCCAUGGUCCUAGUGCCACUCAUGUUCGUAACUAAUAAGCCACUUUUCCGGAACGAGCUAAUUCUAUAUAUAUCUCUAGUCUGUUGAAUUUUGAAACAGAUUAAUAGUCAUAUGGAUAUUAUGAACAAAUAAUGGCGUCUUGUUAACAAUUAAUUAACUAUUUCUAUUUGCUGCGUACACUUAGUCAGGAUAGUGAAAUUGAUAAAUGAUGAGUACAAUGUUAAUAACGUUCUGCUAUAUAAUGUGUUGGGGUAUAGCACACUGUUUAACAUGUCUGCCGUUACAGCAGGUAUAAUAACUCCUACAGACAUGGAUCAUUACAGGUCCAUAAAUAAAUAAUGCAAUCAUGUCAAAUGUCAAGAAUGGACUCUGACAAGUCAGUGUGUGUUUGUGUGUUUUUAUGUUUUGAGGUGGUUGAAAUACUGCCAACAGUUCCAUAAUCCUUGACCAUUUGAGUAACAACCUAUUCUGAGUCUCUUAGAUCUCUUGAGUGAUCUUGAGUGCUCUCGAGCGCUCUCUAUCCAAGGUGUACAUUUGAUACUGUGGCACAUUAUUUCCUGAGCUUGAUUUUUGCAUGUUUACAGGUUUGUCUUUUAACAAUCCACUGAAUAUCCCAAAACAUGCUUUUCCACUGCAUGUUGGGAUACCGUACCACUCUGUUGCCACUUUGUUUGGUAAAUGUUAUUUAUCAGAUUUGUAACCUUAAGGAACCGCUCAGCAAUCCAAUAUAUCUAUAUUAACUGCAUUACAGAUAUUUAAACUCGACUAGUUGUUGUAAAUGUCACUGAUUAAUUGUACAGUUGGAAGAUAGAAAAUGAUUAUUAAAGACAAUUGCUGGCGAUGGA